AUGGGCGGCGACGAUCGGAAAGUGUUCACUUUGGCCGAGGUCUCUGAGCACAACACCGCCAAGGACUGCUGGCUCGUCAUCGAGGGCAAGGUAUACAAUGUGACAAAAUUUUUGGAAGACCAUCCUGGUGGUGAUGAGGUUUUGUUAUCCUCAACAGGGAAAGAUGCGACCGAAGAUUUUGAAGAUGUUGGGCACAGCACCAGCGCAAAGGCAAUGAUGGACGAGUUCUACGUUGGGGAAAUCGACUCUUCAACCAUCCCAACCAAGGUCAAUUACACGGCUCCUAAGCAACCUCACUACAACCAGGACAAGACCUCAGAGUUCCUCUUCAAGCUACUCCAGUUCUUAGUCCCCCUUCUCAUUUUGGGUGUGGCUUUUGGCAUUCGGUUCUAUGGCAAAACAGCUUCUUCUUAA